AAUAUACGCCUGGCUCUACCUGUAGUAUUUCCAUAAGGUCAGAAACUAGGCCUAUUGAUUUAGUGGGUCCCAUUCACGUACAUGUAUAAAUUCAACGAGCGCUUUGAAAGUUAUACACUUUUACAAAAGCAGAGUUAUCCAAUGAAGAUUAUUACAAACUAACGAGGGGCAAAGUCUUCAAAUCCACUUGUGUCAUAUCGCACACAAAAACAUGUACACAUCAAAACACUGACUUUGUACCGAGGCCGUUAUUGUGUGCUGUGAAUAUAUCACGGAUAACUACGGACCUUCGUGGCGAGAUGGACAUACAGAGAUUCAGUGUGUUGGUCCAGUGUGUGGUGGCAGCUCUCCUCUCUCCCGUCGGAUCGCUCAACUUCAAACCGAACAUUGUGAUUUUUCUGGCCGAUGAUUUGGGAUACGGAGAUGUGGGUGCGUUCGGGAACAAUACGAUACGGACACCUAAUAUCGAUGCCCUCGCCAGUGACGGGAUCAAACUGACCCAUCACCUCACCGCCGCCAGCGUCUGUACCCCCAGCAGGUCAGCCAUGCUUACCGGGCGGCUGCCUAUCAGGACGGGAAUGUUCCCGGACGGGCGUAUUGCGGUGAAUAUAUUUGCUGCUAACGGAGUCGGUCUUCCCACGUCAGAAACCACGCUGGCAGAAGUCGCGAAGACCGUGGGAUACAAAACAGCUCUUGUAGGAAAAUGGCAUCUAGGAAUGAACAGAGAUUACAAAGGUGACAUGGCGUUUCAUCCCAGAAAUCGAGGCUUUGAUUUUUACUAUGGCCAUAUCCUAACCAAUAUGAAAGACUGGAGCAACGAAGGAGACAGAGUUCUAACGUCUCAGAGACCAAACAUGUUUUAUCAAAUGGCCACCGUCUUCUUUGUUGGAAUCACUACUUUGAUAUUUUUGAAAAAGGUCGGUCUUAUAGGAUGGGGACUGUGUGUCUUCUUGUUUGUUCUGAUGAGUACUCCUAUGGCUUACAUUAUGUUUGCCUUUAACAACAUGGCGUGGUUGAAUGGACUUCUAUACCGGGACUUUGAACUCGUGGAGCAACCAAUUCACCUAGAAACACUCUCGUAUCGAUACACCCAAGAGUCAAUUAGAUUUUUAAGGGACAGGGAGAGAGACAACAACCCGUUCCUAUUGGUCGUCUCCUGGGACCACGUGCACACCGCUUUGAAGACUUUGAAAAAGUUUCGCGGGAAAUCUAAACACGAUCGCUAUGGCGAUGCAAUUGAAGAAAUGGACUCUGGGAUAGGUGAUGUAAUGAACGCUCUUGAUCAGUUUGGAUUUGGCAGAAACACAAUGAUAUACUUCACUUCCGACAAUGGAGCUCACUUAGAAGAAACGGGGAUGAAAGGUCAAAGUGACGGAGGGUCCAACUUGCCUUUCCGAGGUGGAAAAGGCCACCCCACGGUGGAUGGGGGUAUUCGAGUCCCGACCGUCAUCAGGUUCCCCGGUAUUAUACCACGUGGUAAGGUCAUAGACGAGCCGACUCAGCAACUUGACAUGUUCACGACCAUCACAAAGCUAAUCGGCGGAAAGAUCCCCAGCGACCGGGUUAUUGACGGGAAGGACAUGCUGCCGCUCCUACAGUUCAAGGAAAGCAAGUCGCCUCACAAAUUCAUGUACCAUUACUGUGGGGAGCAUCUUCAGGCGACAAGAUAUAGACCCCCACAAGGAAGCAGUGUAUGGAAACUUGUGACUGAACUUCCAAAUUACAAACCAGGAGAGGACAAAUGUUACGGACUAGCCUGUAUAUGUAGUAAUACUAUAAAAUAUGAUCCACCUCUGCUGUUUGAUAUAACAGCAGAUCCAGGGGAGAGAAAUCCUGUCAGUUACAAAAAUAACAAACAUUUACAGGACAUUGUUAAUAAAAUAUCAGCUGCCACAGCUGAGCACAAAAAGAGUGUGGGUACCCCAGAAAGUAGAAUGACAUUCUUUAAAUUAUUAUGGAGGCCAUGGUUUCAACCAUGUUGUAAUUUCCCAUCAUGCACUUGCUCAGAUCCGGUUUAUAAGGAUUUUGUUGAUGAAUAGGUAUAUUUAUAUAUUUAAUAAAAUGAAGAAAGAAAUACAUUUUUAUGUUUUUAGCAAAAUAAAAUGAAAAAGAAAAUAU